CGAUGCUUCUUGCCGAUUAAAGUUCUUGCCUCUGCUACACACAAUGUAAUCUCUGUAGGCAUUGCAUUGCAUGCCCAUUUUGUGAGAUGAGGAAAGGACCAUGGCCUCAUCUUGCAUGAUGGCCUAGGCAUCUUGAUCAUGCAUGAAGUCUGGACUCUCUCGAGAAUGCCAAUGGAUGUUCACUGGAAAUUCAUGCAGUGCCGGCCGCCAUGGAUGUGACCUUCGUGUGCUCGUCGGGGGAGGCGCCGUUCAAGAUGGAGGUGGGCUUCUUCGACACCGUGCAAGACAUCAAGCAGAAGCUGCAGGGCCGCAAGGGCUGGCCCGCGGCCGCCAUGUCCCUCUCCCACAACGGCGAUCUGCUGCUCGCGGACGACGGCGCCAUCGAGCGGCACGGCGUCGUGGAGGGCUCCGUGAUCCGCGUCGCACUCCUCGACGCCGACGGCCGGAGCCGGCAUCAGCAGCAUCAGCGGCAGAAGAAGAGAACGAGACCGAGCACCAAGAAGACGCUGCGGGUGACGGUGGUGUCGCGGUGCGGGGCGGGGCGCGUGGAGGUGGCCGUGGGCGCGCGCGGGGCGCCCGUGGGGCCGACGCUGCGCGGGGCGCUGGCGGCCGCGGCCGGGUUCCCUCUGCCCCGCGACGGGGCUUUCUUCUUCAUCCACCGGCAGGGGGUGAUGGACGAGUCCCGGUCCUUCGAGUGGCACGGCGUGGCCGCUGGCGACGAGGUCGUCGUGUUCGACGGCUCCGUGACCAGGGGCGGCGGCCCGGCCUACUGAAACCCCGAGACGAGACCCCCCGGCCUGGUCAAUGCAAUUUGUUCGCGCGGAAGGGAAUCAGAAAUUCAGAAUCCACGAACCCUUUACCUCGGCCGAUCAGUAAAACCAUCCCCACGGCACUUGCUCGCGAAACACAACCAAACCAGCCAGCGCCGUUCUCUUCAGUAUUUUUACAGCAAGCAAUAGCAUCUCUCCGAUUCAACAAUAGGUUUAUCUCCUUUUGUAACUGGGAUGCUGCGUGUAUCCCGCUUCUAGAGCAAUCUCUGAAUCUUCAAGUCUAAAAUUCUAAAUAGAAGUAGAUUUUUUUUAACUAGCGAAGUCAAUUAACCAGAUAAACUGUAUCCCUAUUCGUUUGAAGUCCGCAUACCUUUGUCAGUGAAAACAUCGUUCACUUUGUUUUCCUUUUGCAGUUCUUUCCCUAACAAAAACACAAAAGGAAUAGAUUGAGGACACGAUUUGAUUAGACAACAAGGAAUAGAUGUGGCUUUGUUUAUCUACAAAAGGGAAUACAAAAGGCCCGUACGUUUUAAAAAGAAGCAAUAGUGAAGCUGUGGUGUAACAACACCAUUUGGGUCUUCUAUCAACCAAAAAAAAAAACACAACAGAUUAUUAAGCAGGGCACGAUGGAAUUGCAAGCAACCAGUCUUCCUUCAGACAACUACGUACCAAGUACUACGGAAUUGUUUCAAGUUCCCAUUGUCAAGCUAUCCCCUUUUUCUGAUUACAACUGAAAUAUAUGAGAAAUAUUCUAUGCAUUCUUUGCUUAAAAAAUGAUCAGAAGAAAAAUGAAGUCACCGAGAAAACUAGAACAAA